AUGGCAUACGAGAUCCACCCGGAGCGCAUAGUACCCGCGCUCAAAGAUAAGGACCUCGGAACAGUGGAGCGUUCUUAUUUUCCCUUUGCUAUGCCGUGGAUGUUCAAAUUUCUCGGUGUCGAUAUCAAAGACUGGCCGAACAUUGAGGCAUGCGCGGACCGCGUCGGCGAUCCGGCGACUCAGGAUAACAUGAGCCAAGUGAAAAUCUUCGGUCAUAAUACGACCCCUGAGCAAGUCAACACAUUUAACGAUGCCACAUAG